CGCCGAUAACAAAUGCUUAAUACACUGUAAAUGAAAGCAACGACCUACCGUGACCCUCCGUUCUUUCUUGAUUAUAACCGACGAAGCCAUGAUGAUGACUCCAUUAAGCAUUGUGUCUCUCACGCUGGCGAUCGGACUUACAGCCGCCCUCAGGUGGUCCUCGUGUUCCAACACAAAAGACACAGAUGUCGUCCAAAUCUACAACAUCGACAUCACUCCGGAAGCGAUCCCGUUUCCAGGCGAGGCUCACCUGCACUUAAACAUGACGUUCACCCGAAACGUGACGUCUGCUUACGUCGACGUAGAAUUUUACAAAAUGAUCUUCGGUUUCCCGAUCAAGGUUCCAUGCCUGUCGGGAACCAGCACGAUCGGCUCUUGCAACAACGUAGACGCCUGUCACAUAUUUCGAAGCAUCAUGCGAGACCCAAACCACCAAACAGACUACGGUCACCAGGCAGAGAACGUGUUCUUGGCGGCCCUGGGACACUACGUACAGUGCCCUCUAGCGGCCGAGAACAUGGUCGUGAACGAUGGGGUGUUCCAUCUUGACCCCAUGCCGGCUGUUCUGGAUCUGAUUUCACACGGAGACUACAAGGCGGUCCUGCGGGGCAAGGAGGCGGUGGACGGGCCCUUCACCCUGGGAUGUCUGGAGGUGUUCGCCACCAUUGGAGGAGCGUCUUCCAACCCCAUCGUAGGCUGACCAUUAGCUGCAGAGUGAGACCAUUGGAGAGACGGAAGUUUCAUUGUGAUACGUGCUCAUUAUAAAUAACAAUAAAUGACAAAGUCAG